UACUAAGAUCCAGUUUAAAAAAGCUGAUUAUAAGGUUCUGCCUUACUUAUAUAGUAUCAAGCAAUAAAAUAGAAUGGAAUAAAGUUACUUUCUAAAGAACUUAAUUGAACAAUCAAAUUAAAACUAGGGUCACAGAUUUUCUGUUACUACAAAAUUUAGUAAUUGCCUGAGGUUUGCUGCCCUCCAUAGGCUAUUUUCAUCGUAGUUCCAAAGAUAGUAUUUUACUGUGGAAAGCAUUGCUACAGUGCAGUAAUAAUAUUCCAGGUAAGAUCUACUAUUGUUAUUUUGUAUUAACAACACAGCAUAAAAUAAACAAAUACUGUGCUUAGUUCUAGUAUGCUAUUGUGAAACAUCAGUAUGAACAGGACAUGAAGACAAAAUUCUGCACUGGAGGACAGGUCAGUGGAAAAUAAACUAAUUCAGUAUAAGGUUUCAGUAUGGAAAUACGUGUUUAUUUAUCUAUCUAAACCAUAACCUUCUUCUGGGUGAGCAGCCCAUUAUGUGGGCUUGAUACCAGAGAAGAUGUUGUGUUUGACUGUGGAACAAUGAUUACUAAAAACAUAAUAUGAGAGGAAAAGAUUUCAAAAAUAGGACAAAAAAUAAUUGUGGGAAGAAACAAACUUUUCAAAGGGUCCAGGCACUACUUUAUAUACUCCAACUUCUAUUAUGAAAGUAAAAUUGAUCUUCAGGAAGGACAUAUUUUAAUUACUUCAAGCAAAGGUAGUCAUAAUACAGUACUAAUUAUUCAUACUGUGGUGAGGAACAUGAAUAACAACGAGGGCUACAUUUUUUUCAUACAGUGAGCAGCAGGUCUGGCCUCAGUGCUAAGAUUGUGUCCCAACUGUCAAUUUGUCUCAUGGAAACCACAUACUGGCACAAAAGGAGUGUAAACUAACAUGAAACCUAAAUGUAACACUUGCAUAAACUCAUUUUCUCAGCCAGAAUAAAUAAGUCCUGGGGUGCGUAGUUGAAGUGGGGAGUGGAGGUAUCUUCGUGGACACGGGCCCUGAGCUCUUCCUAUCAGCUCACUCAGUGAAGGUUUGUCUCUGCAUGGAGACCAGUUGCACAAAAACCUACCCAAACAUUGUUUAUUUCUGCAAGCAAGUUUGAACAGAAGUAUCAGCAGUUCGGAUAUUCUAGGGAUGAGGUGCUUUUAAACAGUUAAAGCUUCCUUCUCAUAAAAUCCUCUUUUUGCUGAUUCAAAUAGUUUAUGUAAGACAUGAAACACGCUCCUCUGUCACAGCCUGCCAGCUUCCACCAUGUGUUGAAACAAUAUGCAGGAGCAACUCAGAAAGUUUGUGGAUGCUAUCAGCGUAUCAGCAAUUAGCAUAUAUGCAAUUUGUGAAAGAGUUUGCACCUUCUGUGAAAAGAUUCUAAGGCUCUGCAAAUCGAAAUGACUAAAAUCACAGCUUGAAACAGUUUCUUUGACGGCACUGAGCAAUUAGUGGUUUGCUUUAGAAAAUGCAGAAGGUGAAGGGAUAUUCCUGUGGAAAGAAAGCUAAAUGGAAAAGAAGCAGAGGGUCAUGGAUAGUGUGGGAAGUGUCCCAUUUAAAAUCCAGGCCGAAGGAGAGAGCAGGGAAAAAAAAGUGAUUAUAAUCUUAAUCCUUAUGUAAUUAUUAUGAAUUACCAAACGAGUUAACUGCAGCUGCAGUCUUACGCUGAUUUGGUAAAACGUAAUAGUCAUUGGCAUUAUGAGGUUAAACAUGAUGAGGCUGUUCUACAGCCAAAAUGUGCCGUCUUGUGAAAACCUCUUUGUGUGAGUUUAUCUACCUUCACAGUCGAGGCUCACACCCACCUGGGCGGGAGUAACCACGCGAGUUUUGACCAACAAUGGGUUUGCUACGGACACGCCGUACCUGAAACGACUUCCGCUACGCGUUUUAAAAGGACUGUGGAGAGCCGCAGGCGGGACACAACAAAAAGGCUCGAAGCUUUAACGAGGGCACACGAAGGGACAGCCUGGCAUUAUCGUUAUGGAUCGCUCUUGGCGCCCUGGAGGAAAUGGCAACGAGCAGGCAUCUUCACGAGGGCAUAGUCAUGGUGAAGAUGAGAGACAACGACAACUGGAGCGCCUCAGCAGGGAGGAGGCCUAUUACCAGUUCAUUAAUGAACUCAAUGAAGAAGACUACAGGUUAAUGAGAGACCGCAACCUGCUUGGCACUCCUGGGGAAAUAACAGCAGAAGAGUUGCAGCAACGCUUGGAGGGCGCUAAGGAGCGUCUGGCAUCACAGACUGGUCUCGAUAACAGAGAAGGUGAAGGUAGAACUGUUGGAGAUUCUGAUGUUCUUGGAGAAAACUCAAAUGGUGACUCUUUGCUUGAGUGGCUGAACACAUUUCGUCGCACGGGAAACGCCACUCGCAGUGGACAGAGUGGGAACCAAACCUGGAGAGCUGUGAGUCGAACAAAUCCAAACAGUGGGGAGUUCCGAUUUAGUCUUGAAAUCAACAUUAAUCACGAGCAUAACAGUUUUGAAACUGCUGCUGAAGAGUAUGUGGGUAUAGAUAGUAGCAGGAUGUAUUUAGAAAGAAGACAUCAAAGACCUGUCAGUCCAGUAACCUCGCGAACAAGGAACAGGACUGCAAGAGGGGCAAACAGUGAGGCUUCAGGCACUGCAAGGACCAGGUCUGUAAGAAGUUCCAUGGCACAAAAUUCUGAAGCAGCCUAUCAUCCAAUCUCAGGCAGGCUCAGGAGCAGAACGAGGGAGUUGACAGGUCUUUCCCAAGCAAAUACUACACGUAAUAAUUCUGCAGCUACUGGUGAACAAAGAGAAAUGCAGGAAAGAGGUACUUCUACAGGAGUCACAAGAGGUAGAACUGGAACUAAUGUUCGGAUGAAUACAGACCAAAGACUAGAAAUUUUGCGGCUGAGGUCUACUUUAAGUAGUCGAAGUCGCUCGCCGCUGCAAAGGCGAGGUGAUACUGCUCGUUCUGAGGAACAUGGGCAGAGGCAGGAUCGAAGUGCACAGCAGGUCAACAGAAGCCGAAGACAAACAGCUCAGUCUUCUUCCCAGCCUGCUGAAGAACGUGCAAGAGGUAACACUCAGACUCCUCAACUUCCCAGUGUAGCCCCAUCGUCGGGGAUAACUUCAGAAGAGGAGUCUAGUAGGCCAGUAGCUGCUGUUAGAAGGCAUCCAACAAUUACAUUAGAUCUUCAGGUGCGAAGAAUUCGUCCUGGAGAAAACAGAGAUCGGGACAGUAUUGCCAGUAGAACUCGUUCUAGAGUAGGAAUGGCAGAAAACACGAUUACCUUUGAGAGUGACAGUGGGGGAUUUCGGCGUACGAUAUCGCGAUCAGAACGUGCGGGUAUUCGAACGUACGUUAGCACUAUACGGAUACCUCUUCGUCGGAUUUCGGAGACCGGGCUUGGUGAACCUUCAUCAGUGGCUCUCCGAUCGAUCCUUAGACAAAUUAUGACAGGCUUUGGAGAACUGAGUUCUUUAAUGGAAACUGAAUCUAGCUCGGAAGUCCAAAGAGGUGGCCAUCACUUACCGGAUGUACAGUCAGAGCAGAAUAACUCGAGUUCGGCAAACAAUAGCAGUGAUCCGAGCGAGGUUUCGUCUAGAAAUGGGCAUGCAGUGGAAAGCAGCGGGGAGACAAAUGGACAGAGUGAUGAUAUUCAACGCUACGGUCGCAAUAAUGAAAACCAAGAUAACAGGCAGUCUCAGGAUGCUAACAACCUAGUGGAAAACGGAACGCUGCCCAUACUUCAGCUUGCUCACUUCUUCUUGCUGAACGAAGAUGAUGAUGACGAUCGUUUAAGAGGUUUAACCAAAGAGCAGAUUGACAAUCUUUCUACCCGGAACUAUGGGGAUGUUCAUACUGAAAAUGAACUAAGUAAAACAUGCAGUGUUUGCAUUAAUGAAUAUGUAACCGGGAAUAAGCUAAGGCAGUUACCUUGUAUGCAUGAGUUUCAUAUUCAUUGCAUUGACCGCUGGCUUUCUGAAAACUCCACUUGCCCAAUUUGUCGGCAGCCUGUGUUGGGGUCUAAUGCCACAGACAAUGGCUAGCAUUAUUUAUACUACUCAGUACUCAAGGAUUUGCUUCUGCUCUAUUUAUGAUGAGCCAGAUGGCAUGAAUUGACUAACGUAGGGGUCCAUUUGUGUGGGGAUUUUUGUUAAAUUUCUUUAAAAUAAUAGGGAACUUGUCGAAAUCUAGCAAUGUAAAUACUAUUUUUCUCCAAGUGCAGAUCUAAGAGUACACAUAGAACCAAAACAAUUAUCAGUAAAGUUUAUAUUUUUUUAGGCAAUUUUGUUAUGCUAAGCACUUUUGUAAAUACAGAAAUGCAAUAGUUAAUCAGUCCUGCUUAAUGUAUGUUUUUUUAACGGUGUAAUGGACUCACUUUAUUUAGAUUACAAAUUGUUUCACACAGACCCACCACUGUGUUGAAAAAUUAGUGUCUAAAUAGCCAUUCAUUAGCUUUUUGUUCUAAGAACAAUUUCUUUUACAGAGAGUUUCUUGCUGGACAUGUUUGCUAAAGAUAUUUAAGUUACUUGAAGUGCUCAUUUUAAUAGAUUAUAUUUUUUUUAACAUUGAAAUAUCCUUUCCAAAAACUUGCCAAUUUGGUUCUAUUUAAAAAAUUUUUUGGCAAUUUUUGCAUGUGGUUUUACACAAUGCUUAACGCUGAUGAGUUCGUAUUCAAAAGCAGAUGGGUUAGUGACAUUAUAAAAUGUACAUAAUUAAAUGCUGUCUUUGACAAUCUCUGUCUUUUCAAUGCAGACAGCCAUCAAAUCAAUGAUAAUUCCAAGAGGGCAUGUCUUACUGAACAGGAUACUUGCUCAAAGAAUAAAUGAGCACUGAGGAAGCCUUUUUACUCUUCCAAAUUACUCGAUUGAUAUUCAUGGGUUUUUAACUGCCUUAGUUUAGAGGGAAAUAUUUCCUUGACCAUUAUAUUGUCUACAAUAUGCAUGAUUUGUGCAUCCUACUCAGAAAGCAAAACGAAGACUUGAAGUGUUUUUGUACAGAAAUUUAAGGUACAUAUAUAAUAUUAGUCCUCCUAAAACAUGUCUGAGGACCAAAUGGCAAAAGACACUAAAAAGGACAAAAUAAGCUUCCCUUAAAGUCCCCAGAUUACUGUAUAAUUAGAUAUUAAACUUUAUACCAGUAAAUUAUAAAGAAAUAAAGUUGCGAAGUAAAUA